AUGACCAACAGCUCCUCCACGUCCACCACCACCUCCACUGCCGGGGGGUCGCUGCUACUGCUGUGCGAAGAGGAGGGCUCGUGGGCAGGACGCAGGAUUCCCGUGUCCCUCCUCUACUCGGGCCUGGCCAUCGGGGGGACGCUGGCCAACGGCAUGGUCAUCUACCUGGUGUCAUCCUUCCGAAAGCUCCAGACCACUAGCAACGCUUUCAUUGUGAACGGCUGCGCUGCUGACCUGAGCGUGUGCGCCCUCUGGAUGCCGCAGGAGGCCGUAUUAGGGCUGCUGCCCAACUCCUCGCCCGAGCCUCCAGGGGGGUGGGAUGGCGCUGGGGGCAGCUACCGCCUUCUGCGGGGCGGGUUGCUGGGCCUCGGCCUCACCGUGUCCCUCCUAUCCCACUGCUUGGUGGCCCUGAACCGCUACCUGCUCAUCACGCGGGCGCCCGCCACCUACCAGGUGCUAUACCAGCGGCGCCACACGGCAGGCAUGCUGGCACUGAGCUGGGCCCUGGCUCUGGUGCUUGUGCUGCUGCUACCUCCCUGGACAGCGCCGGCAGGUCGCGUGCCCCCCGAGGUGCACUACCCAGCGCUGCUGGCCGCUCUGGCGCUGCUGGCUCAGACCGCGCUGUUGCUGCACUGCUACCUGGGCAUAGUGCGCCGGGUGCGGGUCAGCGUCAAGCGGGUCAGCGUGCUCAACUUCCACCUGCUGCACCAGCUGCCGGGCUGUGCCGCGGCCGCGGCCGCCUUUCCAAGUGCUCCUGGCCCCCCUCACCCGCACCCAGUGCCCCAGGCAGCCGCAGCUGCGGCUCAGCCCCUGCCGCCCACUCUGCACCCGCGCCGGGCACAGAGGCGCCUCAACGGGCUGUCAGUGCUGCUGCUCUGCUGCGUCUUUCUGCUGGCCACGCAGCCCCUCGUGUGGGUGAGCCUGGCCAGCGGCUUCUCGCUGCCUGUCCCCUGGGGGUUGCAGGCGGCCAGCUGGCUCCUGUGCUGUUCUCUAUCCGCCCUCAACCCGCUGCUCUACACCUGGAAGAACGAGGAGUUCCGCCGUUCAGUGCGCUCGGUCCUGCCCGGCAUUGGGGACGCGGCUGCUGCUGCCGCCGCCGCCACUGCUGUACCAGCCGUGUCCCAGGCACAGCUGGGCACCCGGGCCGCUGGCCAGCACUGGUGA